UCUCUACCAUGGGUUCCCUUCAACCCUAAAAUCCCAACUCUCUUCUCAAAAUCUCAAAUCCCUAAUCCCCAAAGAGUACAAAAAAUGCUAGGCGGGCUCUACGGCGACCUCCCUCCGCCGUCUUCGGCGGACGAGGACAACAAGCCCACCAACUCCACCGUCUGGUCCAGCACCACCAAAAUGGCGCCGCAAACCCUCCGCAAGCCCUCUUCGAUUUUCGCGGCACCGCAGACGAUCCUCAAAUCCCUGCCCAAGCCCAAGCCUACGGCGGCUAAAAUCGCAGCGUCUCCGGUGGCCGCCGCGCCUGUGAUUUACAGCGACGCGGUGCAGACGGCGUUGGUCGGCGUCACGUCGACGGUGCUGGAGGAGUACGAUCCGGCCAGGCCGAACGACUACGAGGAGUACCGGAGGGAGAGGAAGAAGAAGGCGAUGGAGGCCGAGGUGAGGAGGGAGCUCGAUCGGCGGAGGAUGGAGGAGGAGGAGAAGGAGAGGAGAGAGAGGGAGGAGAGAGAAGUUGAACGAGAAAGAGAAAGAGAGAGGGAUAGAGAUCGAGAAAGAGAUGAUUCAAGGCUGAACAUUUCCGGCGAGGAAGCGUGGAGGAGAAGGGCGGCGAUGAGUGGCUCUGCGGCGGUUCCGGUGGCUCCAAGGUCGCCGUCUCCGCCGAGCGAUGCGGAUGGUUUUAUGAUUGGGAAGUCGGAGAGCGGAGGACUGGGGGUGGGAGCUGGAGGGCAGAUGACUGCGGCGCAGAGAAUGAUGGCGAAAAUGGGGUGGAAGCAGGGGCAGGGGCUUGGGAAACUGGAGCAGGGGAUUACUACUCCUUUGAUGGCUAAGAAGACGGAUAGGCGAGCCGGGGUGAUUGUGAAUGCAAGUGAAACAAAGCCGGAGAAGAAGGCCAAGGGUGUCAAUCUCAAUGGGCCGCCCACUCGGGUGCUGCUGCUCAGAAACAUGGUGGGACCUGGUCAGGUGGAUGACGAGUUAGAAGAUGAAGUUGCAUCAGAGUGUGCAAAGUAUGGUACAGUGACCCGGGUGCUCAUAUUUGAGAUAACAGAGCCAAAUUUCCCGGUGGAUGAAGCGGUAAGAAUCUUUGUGCAGUUUGAGAGACCUGAAGAAACAACCAAAGCAUUGGUUGACCUUGAUGGUCGAUACUUUGGAGGUAGAGUGGUCCGUGCCUCAUUCUAUGACGAGGAGCGGUUCGGUAACAAUGAAUUGGCUCCAAUGCCAGGGGAAAUCCCGGGUUUCACUUGAGUUACAAAAUCCGUUUGCAAUUUAGUUUUUCCUCAUCUGUAAAGUUACUGAGAAAUACAGGGUAGUCUUGGAUUCACAUUUCCAUGAUUAGAGUUAGAAAGCGUUACUUGCUGGCAGUCAUGGCAUCCAAACUUGCAGUCUAUUUUUGUGAACAUCAAGCUGAUGGAAAACUAUAAACUACAUGAGGUGAAGUAAAUGUCUUUACCAAUCUUGUUGUGAAACUCUAUUCUUUAGUCUCUGAUCAUAAUGCAUUUGUGACUGGAUGCUGUUAGUUGUAAAAACUAGGAGAUGUUGAAACAAAUUUGAUUGCAUAAAGUGGGUUGUUCUACCACAGCAUACUGCAACACUAGUUU